UAAAGAAUAUAUUGCAAAGUUAAUUCCUGGUUAGUUUACUAGCUAACUAAGAAGAUUUUUUUAAAUUGAUGACGUCAAAAAAUCAAUUACGUCACCUAUAGCAUGAUGAUGUCGCAUGCUGAAAGUUGAUUUUUGCUAAAAUCUUGCUAAACCUUGAAUACCAUUUAUUACGAAUAUAAAUUUGGGACAGUUUGAACGUGGGUAAAAUCAUAUCUUCAUCGAGUAGACUUCACAUUUCUGUUCUUUCUCUUCUUCCUUUCCAACAUGUCCGAGCCUCUGAUGACUCUGUCGUAGGAGUAGAAAAGAAAACAGAACUCACCGUCCAAACACUCGAAUCCGUGACCGCCAAGAGCACCGAUGUUGCGAAAUCAAGACCUUCGACGUCGCAACUGCGUCUGAUGUCGGCAAAAUCUGCUUCUCCACACAUUGUGCUGCGCGCACUCAUGGCGGACUCGGAAGCAGGGUUUCCAUUACGGCAGUACGCCUUGCGGUCGGAAACCAAGGAUGUAUCGAACGCUUAUGACUUUCUUUCUGCCCUGGAAUACCUCAACGGUAUAAGUGAGACGCAGAAUGUUUCCAAUUCGACCUCGAAAACUAACUCCGUCCAGUAUGGUGCGAUUGAAUCAUACGCAGUGAUGCAUGCCUUUCUACUGAAAGACUCUCAACAUUAUAUUUCUCCACCCCGAAAAUAUAAAUCUUCGAUCAACCAGUUGGAACAAACGCUGAAGAGAUUGACAGCUCCCGGAAAAAGGGCAGACAGUAGAGUGUCAUCUAGUGUAUUUCGAACAAUGAAACAAUACGCAACGAGCGUGAUCGGAGCUUGCUUGAAUCGUUACAAGAAACACGAAGUUCAGCAUUUUAAAAGAGCAAAGGAGGGAAUAACAGACUCUGUAGAUGAAAACGAAGGCACCAAUGAAGGUGUUGUCACGCCGGUUGAAACAGCCACAAAACAAAUCGAUGAUUCCAGUACCACAGUCAGUGAAACGACUACUGGUUUGAGUCGCCCCUGGUUUACAGACGAUACGAGCACAUCAGAAACAGACUCGGCAAGCACUAUGUACUCAUACGACGUCGAACGUCUCCGACAACUUGCAGCCUCUAUUCGAAAAAAAGGAGCAAAAGUAAAUCCAAGAGCCAAGAAGACAACUAACGCAAGAGGUAUUGUGAGAAGAAAAACUGCGAUUCCCGGCCAUCAAGCAUCGAAGGUUCAAUUCACACUUCCUAGCAGUAAAGACGGCUCUGAGAGGGCAGACGCCGAUUCGGAGAUAAAAGAAGACGUCGAAGGAGGUCGAAAAAAGAAGAGCAAGGCUGCUCGCAAUCAACAUCCAAACAGAAUGACUUUUGCUGAGAUAAAGACAAAUAAGUUGCUUUACACAUUUAUGAAAAAAUAUGUCAGCCAAUGCGAAAGUGUGGAGGUUCAAAAUGUUCUGCUGAUGUACGGGUUAUGCGAAGUUCUGAUAUCAAUACCAGCUACUGAACUUACACGAAUUAGCGCUUUGUCUUCAGAACUAGUUCGUACAUAUCUACAUUCAUCCGGUCCAAAACAAGUAGCAAUGCCAACCGAGAGGUAUGCUCAGCUCAUUUCCGAACUUCCUCAGCCGACAGAGCAUGCAAUCAGAGAGAUACAAGAGUAUGUUGUACCUACCUUGGACCAGGCUGCUGCCAACUUUUCCCUCGGUUUCAGUACUUUGUUAAAAGAGUAUAAACUUGAUAUACGAAGCGAUCUUGGCCAGCAUAUGAAUACAGCAGAGCUGGCAUUGCGAACACUGACGCUAAAACCGAGCAGUAAGCGUCGGAGAACGCUGGGCAAGCACUCGGCUCGUCAAACUCCGACUUCAGAUCAUAAAGUUUCGUUCAUUAAAUCACUUGUCAAGCGACGGAGGGGGAAAUGCCGAUUGAAUUGCUUCAUUUUUAUAAAUAUCUACAG